ACAAAGAAAUAAAUCUAGGAAUACAAAGAAACGAGCUCCUUUAAAAGCUGUUAAAGUGCUUGAGAUUGUUAGUGUGGUAAUUGGUAACAUCUUAGCCAAAAACCUCUUCUUCUUCGCUGCUAUAAAAACUGUACUUGCCAGUGGCUGCAAGGCUCAACUGCUGUUGUGGGGCCGUAAAGAAGAAGGAAUAGAAAAUAACGUAACUUUAAAGACGCACAGAUGCCCGACCUGGGAUUUUCUGCAGAAUCAGAGGCGUAUCCAAUGCUGGUAUCGGCACAUCUCUAUCAAUGGUUGGCUUCUCUUCCUCCUGUUGCUUUCUUCUCCUCAGGAAUCGUGGAGGUGCUGAUGUGUCGACACAAGGUGAGAAACGCUCUGGGCCAUGUGUUUGUGUCACAGAUGAAGGAGCUGAUGUCCGCUCUGUCCAUUGACCCCUCAGUGCGUGUGGUUGUCUUCAGGAGUUUAGUCCCCAGGGUUUUCUGUGCAGGUGCAGACCUGAAAGAGAGAGCUUUGAUGAACAACUCUGAGUCUGACCUGUUCGUUCACGGCCUGCGUUCACUCAUGAAUCAGAUCGCAUCGUUGCCCGUGCCAACCAUCGCCGCCAUGGAUGGCGUUGCCCUGGGAGGUGGACUGGAGCUCGCUCUGGCCUGUGACCUCCGCACUGCUGCAUAUUCCGCGCAGAUGGGUCUGAUUGAGACGACACGGGGGCUGCUCCCAGGGGCGGUUCAGAUGCCUGCAGUCGGGCAGGGCCAGAGUGGCAGUCAAGCUCCUGUCGCUCUGCGAAUGGCUAAAGAAGCGAUGAACAAAGGCGUCGAGGUUGACAUCACUUCAGCGAUGGCUAUAGAAAGGAUGUGCUAUGCUCAGGUCAUCCCCACGCGGGACAGACAGGAAGGGAUGGCCGCCUUCAUAGAGAAGAGACCUCCACGCUACACUGGGGAAUAGACUCGUCUCAGUUAUCAUGUUUCUCUCUAUGACCUCACGUCUGUUUGACCGUAGCAUUACCACUCACUGACUGUACAUAUCCGCGCAGUACACAUGACAACAAUAUUCUGAUAUUAACCCCAUUGAGACAAUAGCCUGGAUAAGACACUGCCGUGAAAACAGCAUUUCUGAUUAUCCUAACCUGAAUAAGGUCGUGGAUGGAAUAAGCAAUAAUUGAAUUAAGACGUGGAGUAUUUUGACCUUUGUUGCACUAUGUAUACGUCCUAUUUGCAUUAUAACAUCCAAUUGAAGUUGUCACAGCAAUAUGACACAGACAUACAGCAAUUAACUGCCUGAAGACUCAUGCCCUGGGUUCCAAUGUAAACAAGUAGGACUCAUGUUCAACUCAUGUGAACAUAAUCAAAAUAAUGUCUUCAGAAUUCAGAAUAAGGACAAUAGUGGGAAUAUUGCUGUUCAUGCAAACAGUUAGUGUCAACACAUUCGUUUUAGUUGCUUUAGUAGUGAUCUUUAGGAUUAGACUGACAAAUCACAAUAGCGUUAUAUGACUGCCAUGAUUUUACCAUUACCUCUUUAUACUUUGAUUUAUAGUGACUUUAUAGGAACAUUAUCUCUGGAAGAGACUGCAUAAAAAUGCAACACAAGUGUCAUCUCCAGUUUAUGGGAAUGUACAUUCUUUAUUUUUCCAAACUUGAAAACGUGACUCUCAGCAGCAACAUGACACCGUCAAAGCAGACAUACAGCAUAUUUAACUGGUUUGCAUUUCCUAUCUGAAUAUAUGAAUUCAAUUCCUGUUUUAAAAAACAAAACAAACCGCCUUUCAUCCAGGGAGAUGUUCAGGGGCUCAACAAGACAGUCCAUCACUUCAGAAGGAGGAACAGAAAAGAACAACAAACAUGUUCUGUGUCACCUGCAGCUCUUCAUCAGCCUGGGAAAGAAUUAACGAGGCCAUAAUUCACUGAGCAGAUGAGCUGAUGUGUGCUUUGCUAACUGAUAUUUUCUUUUUAUUUAAUUUUCUAUGCAAGCAUUGAGACCUGUCACUGUCGAUACUGCUGAAGCCAAAAUCCAUGUUGGCUGGAAAUUAUGAAUUUAAAGUGACAUGUUGUUGUAUCAAGCAUUUAACAGCAGAUUGUAACAGUGACAUUAGUUUGGUUUGCAUAGAGAAUGGAGUCAGGUGAAGGUGGGCGUCAGGAUCAGCUCUAACAGCCCAUUCUCUGGACGA